AUGCCGGAUUUGGUGCGCGAGGAGUUAGCUCGGUUCAUUGGGCUGAGUCCCUUGUCGAUGAUUGACUUCCGGACGGAGCUCUCAAGUUGUGUCACAGCCAGUGAUGCAUCAGAAUCGGGGGGGGGAGUUACUUUCUCCCGGGGGUUGACUGAGGCAGGAAGCUUCGCCGCCCAAUGUCAGAUCCGCGGAGAUGUGGUCGAGCCCCUUGAGGUGGAUAGCAUUCUGACCAUUGGUCUCUUCGAUGGAAUCUCAGCACUCCGCGUAGCGGUGGGCGCCUUAAACUGGAACAUCCUAGGACAUGUGUCCGUUGAGAGCAACGCCGAAGCCCGGCGAGUGGUUGAGGCUCGUUUUCCCACUACUACGUUUGUCCAUGAUGUCCAAGAGGUUGAUGAAGCCAUGGUGAGAAACUGGGCUUGUCAAUACAGUCAAGCGUCACUGGUGGUCAUUGGAUCAGGGGCCCCUUGUCAGGGAGUUAGCCAACUGAACUCGCAACGGAAAGGUGCCUUGCGGGAUCAACGCAGUCGGCUCUUUCAGCACAUACCUAGGAUACGAGACUUGGUCAAGCGUGCGUUUCCCUGGGCACGGGUAGCCUCUUUAUCUGAGAAUGUGGCUUCCAUGGACGCCCAAGACAGAGCAGUGAUGACCCAGGCUUUUGAAGCCACGCCGUGGAUGGUGGACGCCAAAGAUGUAUCUUUGGCGCGCCGCCCACGUCUGUAUUGGCUGGACUGGGAGAUUUUGCCCCAGGAAGGGGCCUCUCUGCAGCUCUCCCGAGACGCUGGGGCGGAAGCCUUCCAUGAAGCUCAUCUAGAGGGCUUUAUCAAGGAAGAGAACUACCUCAAGCCAGGCUGGAAAAGGGUGGGAGUCGAGCCGCUCCCGACAUUUACCACGUCUAGGUGUCGCUCUCACGAAGGUCAUAGGCCUGCGGGCAAGGAACACUGCCUCCCGCAUGAGCUGGCACGUUGGGAAGCAGAUCACUACAGGUAUCCCCCCUAUCAAUACCGAGAUAAGCAUUGCCUUCGUAAUGCUAAGGGAGAAUUGCGCCUCCCGGACAUUGAAGAGAGGGAGUGCAUCAUGGGUUUCCCCAGGGGGUAUACUAUGCAGGCUCAGAAAAAGGCCCUUCAGGGCACUCCCGACCACGAAGCCAGUCGCCUUACCAUGAUCGGGAAUUCGUGGAAUGUUACCAUUGUGGCUUGGUUACUGAAUCACCUGGGAUAUAUUUUGGGGUUGCAUGCGCUGAUGAGUCCCCAGCAGGUCAUUGAGAGGACAGCACCCGGGGCAGGUCCGGGACUCCAAUCGUUUCUUCAGCGGCCACCGAUGAGGCCUACGCGGGCGUCGCCGGGACACCAUCUUGAGCAUCGCCUUGUGCGCAAACUUACCACCCUAGUUAGUUUGAAAGGAGAGGAUUUGCUCCUGCAGGCUGGCUCGGAAGAUGUGGUCAAGUACCACAGGCUCCGUGCCAGUCUACCCGCUCGCCUGUGGAAGUGGCGGGUUGCCGCUUCAUGGCAAUGGACAGGCGUCCCCGGAAGCGCAAAUGGAUCCAUGCCAAAGCGUCUGCUUGAAGGCAAGACUAAGGAGGAACGAAUUGAAAGGCGGAGACAGAUAGGUUCUUUGAAAGAUCUCACAGUUCAGCCCGCAACUCGGGCACGGUAUGACAAGGCUCUAGAACGAUUUUUCGAUUAUUUGACACACGAAAGUUUGGCUCUUCCUCGAAAUCGACAGCUCAUGGACUCUAUCACUAGCGAUUAUGUUGAGCAUCUUUGGUCCAGUGGUGAAGGCAGGGCUCUGGCGGCUGACACAAUUGCAGGUUUGCAAGACACCCAGCCACAACUUCGUGGUCACCUCCAAGGAACUUGGCGGUUGUUGAAGACCUGGAACAAUUCGGAAAUUCCAAACCGGGCUCCACCAAUGCCGGUGGAGGUAUUAGACGCAAUGGGCGGCAAGCGCCAAGGCGCGGCUGAGAGCGUCAAAGUCACGGUGGUGGAUAUUAUCCGCCGGGCUGAAGAGGAAGAGGCGACCAUUGAUGGGAUGGUCGAGCCAGGCCUUCAGGACGUCCGUAUCGUCGAACGUGUGGGGAACGUUGACGUGGCGGACAGGCGCACCAGGCGCACGCGGAACGAGGAGGAAGUGCGAAAUGGGCGAGCCUAUGAGGCGUCUCCGCGCAGCCAGAAUCCGAAUUUUUGGACCGGAUUUUUUGAAUCUUCAGAUGAGGGCGAUGAAUCCUACGUGCCCGAGCGUGGGGAUCGCGAUGAGGACGAUGAGGAUCUUGAUACUGGAAUGCGUCAGUUCAUGGAAGGAUCUCGUUGGUCGGAGUUUCGAAAUGAGGCUUGGCCAUCUCUGAUGAAAGUCCUACAGGAUCCACCUGUAGACGAUCCACACGAGCCUGGCCUACAGCUGGACGGAUGCCGGGUCACCCUGCUGUCCGGCCGCGGCUGCGUGCUGCAGUGCUCGGAGGCGCUUGGAAUCCAAGAGGUGCUGCGGAAGGCGGAGGACGCCCUACAGGUGAAGCUGGAAAGUUUGGUUUCCAGCCAGGGAACCCUGGCGCCCCAUCUGCGUCUGCGCGAUGUGGGGUCUAGAGAUCUGGUGGCGCUGGCCAAGACAGCUCAGUUGGUAGGCCACAGCAGGAGCCUGGGCUUUGCGCUGCUUCGCGCAGACGGCCAGCUCCUCAGCUGGGGCGCCGCUGAGCAGCGGAACGUGGCGGCCUCGGAAUGUUCCUAUGCCGCCGUGCUGAUGGAUGGCGGACUGGUGACCUGGGGAUCGUCCCACUUCGGGGGCGACAGCCAGGCAGUCCAGGAGCAGGUCCGAGGGCUGGUGCAGAUCCAAUCUUCCUGCUGCGCCUUCGCUGCCCUACAAGAAGAUGGGUCAGUGAUCAGCUGGGGCCAUCCAUCGAUGCCUCAGACAACGGCCGAAAGAUUGAUGCUGUCAGCUGCCCGGCAAAACCCCGUCACGGCCAUCCAGUCGUCUUCCCAUGCCUUUGCAGCGCUGUUGAAAGAUGGGAGUGUCACUACCUGGGGCAACAAGGAUUAUGGAGGAGAUUGCAGUGCUGCGUCAGCGCUGUUGGACGUUCAGUGCCUUCAAUCCUCGGCUGGCGCCUUCGCUGCGCUGUGCAGCGGUGGUCGUGUGGUGGCUUGGGGCAGUGCGGACUACGGAGGGUUAGGGCCAGCAGAUCUGCGGGACGUGACCAAAAUCCAGGCCUCGGCCCGAGCCUUUGCAGCGCUGAGAAGCGAUGGCCACGUGGUCGCCUGGGGCGAUGCCUCCUGCGGUGGUGACACUGGGCCCGUGGCGCGGCAACUCUAUGACGUCGUGGAAAUCGCCUCGGCCCCCCGGGCCUUCACAGCGCUGCGCGCGGAUGGCAUGGCCAUCGCCUGGGGCGAUCCCAGUUCCGGCGGCGACGCCGAGCUCUGCGAGGUCACGGCGAUCCAGGUGACGUCCAGGGCCUUUGCAGCGAUCAAACGAGAUGGAUCUGUGGUCACCUGGGGUCAUUCCAGUUGUGGCGGUGACAGCACCUCAGUCUCUCAUCAGCUCUGGGGCGUGCGUCACAUCCAAUCCUCCACGCGCGCCUUCGCGGCGUUGAGACGUGAUGGCCAGGUGGUCGCCUGGGGGUCGCGGGACUUUGGCGGCGACGCAGCGGCGGUACAGGGGAUGUUGUACAACGUGCAGAUGAUCCAGAGCUCGCGCAAUGCCUUUGCCGCGCUCAGAGGGGAUGGCCAUGUGAUCUCUUGGGGCGGGGAUGAUGAGCCCCAAAUGAUCGAUCCGACGCUGCGGAUCCGACGCUUGGGCUGA